AUGUCUGUUAUUUUAGAGUUCGGAAAAUACAAAGGAAAGGCUCUUGAGGAAGUGCAUGAUCAAGAUGCAUCAUACUGUCGAUGGUUAUACAACCAACAAUCCGAAGACUCGGAUAUCAAACGCUUUUUACAAGGUAAGUUCCAAGAUGGAGACGAUAGUUAUAUCAUGCGGUGGGGCAAACAUAAGAACAAAUCCGUAAAGUGGAUUGUUGAAAACGAUACCCAAUAUUUCAAUUGGAUGUGUAAAAAUGAAUAUAUCAAGAAUAAAUGUUAUCAGAUCAUAAAGGUGAUCAGAACCAACGAGCUUUGGGGAAUGAAUACAUUGUUCAAGAAAAGCUUAAUUCUUCGUCAAGGUGUCUUAUCACAUCGUCCUCAGGAAAGGUCGCACCAUACAACGAUUGAUUACGUUGCUUGCAAAUAUUGCAGCGAAUAG